AUGGCUUUCAUUCUUCAUGCACUUUAUACCUAUACAAUCAUAGGUCAUGGCAGUCUCUUGAUUGCCAUAUCUAUUGUAUGGAGCCUUCGAAUACAUAUUGCAGUUGUUGCAGUAAAUGAUUUGCUCAUCAGAGGGUUCUUUAUCCACCGGAUAUGGAGAUUGAGCAAGUUCAAGCAUGUUGUCAAAAUCAUCAAUAUACCAAGUGCAGUGUUUACUGCAGGUAUUACAGUAGCAUGUGCUGUAGAUUCAUUUUUUAUUCCUGUUGUUACUGACACAUCAACCACCUUUGAGUACUUGUUGAUUUUUGGGCUUAGCUUUGAAGCUUUAGCAGAUGUGUCAAAUUCUGCUCUUCUAUGCCUACUUCUCAGACAGCACAUGUCAGGCUUUAGGAGGUUAGUAUAUUAA